CGACACUGGUGAACACCAAUCAUCGUCAGUACCACCACUGGUGGUCAGUAGCUCCACCAUCACCAACAAUCACCAGCAAGUCAGCAACUCUACCAUCAAUCAUCACUCUGCCGUGGUAUUCCCUCCACCGUGGGAAUCUCAGGGCCAACCACUGGCAGGAGGUCGCCGACAACAUCGCUCCUAGAUGCCCCAUCGGCAACGCCAAAACGGCCGUUCAGUACCGGCACAAGAUGGAGAAGCUGAGGAAACGUUACCGUGUCGAGAUCCAACGCGCCGGCCCCUACGGCGGAUCUAAGAGCCACAGGUAUUGCUCCGCCUGGGUCCACUUUAAACGCAUGGAUGCCAAUUCUUCCGCUGCGGCCGAAGCCAAUGAGGAUGAAGAAGAUCAGGAAGAGUCACAUGUUAAGCCCAUUGGAGAUAUAUAUAAUAUCAAUAAUAAUAGUAGUAAUUGGAGUAGUUUUCAUGGGGGUAUGGUGAACGGAGGCACUGGGUUUCGAAUUAGGAUCACGGGAAGGGGGAACGUGGGGCCUGCCGCGGCUGCCAAGGUAUAUAGUAGAUUUGAUGAUGUGGGUGGGCCUAACCCUAACACUGGUGUAAAUUAUGGGUCUACUAAAGCUUUGAGAGAUGGGUUUGGCGGGAGAAGUGAUAUCGGGAAAAGGGUUGUCGGAGAUGAUGUGAAAACGGGAGACCCAUUAGCAGAAAUGGUGUCGGCCAUACGGGUUCUGGGAGAUGGGUUCGUGAGGAUGGAAAGGAUAAAGAUGGACAUGAUAAGGGAAGUGGAGGAAAUGAGGAUGGAGAUGGAGAUGGAGAUGAAGAGGACUGAAAUGAUUCGUGAGUCGCAACAGAGGAUUGGUGAUGAAGAUGAUACAUUUUAUAAAAUUUCAAAUGAGCUCCUUAGUUCUACCUUUGUUUCAAAUGAAGGAAAAAAGUUUUUAAAACUUUAA